AUGGAACACCUAGGAUUUAGUAACCAAGAGACUGGGUCCACGGAGAGGAGCGGAAGUGAUACGGACGCCCAGGCGUACAUGGCCCAGAAUAAACUCCGCACUGUCCAGUUGGAGUUGACGCCCGGACAGGCCACGCCCAAGCCCAUGAUGUUCCGUGCUCCGGCACGCCUCCAGAAGCAGGGAGAGAACAAAAGCUCCGGAAUCCGUCUCUGGUUGCUUAUAGGCUCAGAGAGCCUGGGUCUUCCCCAAGGAUAUCAGGUGCAGUGUAGGCUGCAGAUACCUGCUCAGUCGGACAAGGCUUUAAUCAUGGAAAGAAAGCUGCUAAAGAAAGAAAUGAAGAGGCUCCUGAAAAUGCCAUUUCAUGACAGACCUGUGUAUCCAAACCGGAAAGAAAGAGAAGCAAUGAUUUUAUCAUCUUAUGCUGGAAUCUUAAUGAACAGUAUCCCAAUUGAGGAAGUCUUUAAAAUGUACGGAGCUGAUCCUUCUACCAAUUCUGGGGCUACUAAGGUUCCCCGAGCUCCACCUCUCCGCCUCUCCCUGCAUCCCUUUGCUAUGUUAACAGCGCCCCAAGCAGCAGAAUACGCCCACAAACAGAGUGUCAAGUUAAGAAGGGGAGCCACAAAUAAAAAUGUCACCAGCAACUCUGCAAGGCAAGCAGAUACCACAGCGUGGAAAUGUUCAAAACAUGGAUCCUUGGACACCCAGCCAAAGAACAAAGUCACUUAGAAACUUGGGAUUGCACCAUGGAACUUCAUAAUAAAGUCUCUGGGAGAGGAAAAGAAACAUCAUCUUAACACUGCAACUCUUGCCAGCACAUUUUUCUUUAAAGUUAGCUUUUGGUGCAAAGUUUAUUGAAAUGUUUCUUCGGAUGUUGGGCUUUCUUCUCUUAGAGUCCUAUCGUGUGUCUAUAUUGUGUGUGUGUGUGUGUGUGUUUUAAGUGUAUAUCUUAUGCUAUUUCAUUGUAACUGGAAGACUGCUGGUGGGAGAAUUUUCAGACUAUGUAGUAUUUCGAUGUCAGAGCAGACUGGCUUUGCAGCACAUUUCACGAAUGUUUAGCACGAAUAUUGCAGAGUGGUGGGGUCGGACGCAGUUUCCCAAAGUUUCGAUCCGAAAUAAAAUGAAUCUGUCAUUCAUUGCCUUACUAUGUUCUCACAUGGAAACAUCUAAAAUCAUUUCAAU